UGGUUGACUUGCUCCAGGAUGUUAGCGUUGACUUCCCGGAUGCUAUGUGUACACAACUGCAAUUAGAUGUUAACUCUUCAUUGUUUUUGCUCUAGUCGUUCGUUCUUGAUUAGAGGUUUUAAUAGCAAGAAUUUCGGGUCAGCUCUCCGCCAAAAUGCUGCUCGCGAUAAAUCCACUGUUCUCAAUGGAGCCCCAUAGGACGAGACUGAGACAAUGAGAAGAGUAACACAGACAACAACUCACUGACGGUCUGAGGAAUUCCUUUUUCUUUGAUUUAGUGACACUGACUGACAGUAUGUUUGUGACCGCUUAUUUGGCCCUUGUGGUAUUGGCUGGCCUCUGCAUUGCCCUGGAGCUUGCUUCCCGUCGACUGUCACCUCAGCAAACAGCCACAACCACUGUCGCCAACCCUGCGUUCUGUCGCUUUCAGAGACUCUUCCUGCGGGGCUACCUCCUGGCCCUGUGGGCAGACUGGCUCCAGGGGCCCUACCUGUACAAGCUCUACCGCCACUACAGCUUCCUGGAGUCUCAAAUAGCCAUACUGUAUGUGUGUGGGCUUGCGUCCUGCGUGCUUUUUGCUCCUGUGGCCGGCUGGCUCCCACAAGCCCUUGGCCGUAGACGUACCUGCCUACUUUUUUGCCUGGCUUACUCAGCCUGCUGUAUUACCAAACUGUCACGGGACUACUUUGUGCUCAUCUUAGGACGCGUCCUGGGUGGCCUGUCCACCUCCCUGCUGACCACCUCCUUCGAGGCUUGGUAUCUACACCGGCACGUGCAUGUUCAUGACUUCCCCAAGGAGUGGAUCCCAGCCACCUUCGGCAAGGCAGCUAACUGGAACCACGGCCUUGCCGUCUGUGCCGGUCUGGUGGCCAACUUGUUUGCGGAGUGGCUGGGCCUGGGUCCUGUGGCACCCUUUCUGCUGGCCAUCCCAGCUCUGGCAGCAUGCGGCUGGGUGGUGCUGACGGACUGGGGCCAGGAGGAGAGGUUGGAGGGUGCUGAGGGCAAAGACAAGAACGGGCCCCUACUGGGAGGCUCCAACACUGGAUCAUCAUCAUCCUCCGCAGUUGGACGCUCGUCAGCACAGACACGCUUCUGGCGCAGCUGCCUGGAGGGCCUGCGAUGCCUGCUGUCGGACCGGCGUGUGCUGCUGCUGGGCGGUGUGCAGGCGCUCUUUGAAGGUGUGCUCUACAUUUUCGUGUUCCUAUGGACACCUGUGCUGGACCCACAUGGGCCACCGCUGGGCAUCGUCUUCUCUUGUCUGAUGGCAGCCGGCUUGGCGGGCUCCAUCCUCUACCGUCUAGCCACGUCGGCCCGCUACCGGCUGCAGCCUGCUCAUCUGCUGUGCCUGGCCGUGCUGCUGGCGUUCUUCUCCUUCUUCAUGCUCACCUUCUCCACGGCCCCUGGGCAGCCGCGGCCCCGAGAGUCCCUGCUGGCUUUUCUCCUGCUGGAGCUGGCGUGCGGACUCUACUUCCCGGCUGUCAGCUUCCUGCAGGGCCGCGUGGUCCCCGUGGAGCUGAGGGCUGGGGUGCUAGCCUGGUUCCGGCUGCCUCUGCAUCUCCUGGCUUGCCUGGGGCUCCUGGCACUGCAUGGGGAGGUUUCGGGUACUGGUGGGGGGGAGUCGGGCGGGGGCACCAGGCAUAUGUUUGCAGGUUGCGCUGCCAUGAUGCUAGCUGCCCUGCUGGCCGUGGUAAGCCUCUUUACUCUAGGGAGGAACGAUGCCGAUCUUCGCCUGGAGGGAACUCGUGGAGAGGGGGAGGGCUGAUUAGGAUGUGAAGGAACUGCCGGGGACCAGAUGAUGAGGACCAUGAACUUUCAGCUUUACAAAUGUUUUGCGUCUGUGUUGCCAUCGGUUUGCCACUGAGACAUUAAAGAUUUUUCUUUAUCGUUA